AUGUCAAAGCGCCUCCAGGCAGCGCAGCCGCGCUCCCCCCGUGCGCUGCCCCCGGCCCGGCUCCCCGCGCUGCUGCUGCUGCUGCUCGGCCCGGGCUGGCUCCUGCGGCCCGAGCCCCGCGCCCGCGGUGAGAAUGUGGACAGCAAAGUGGAGUCCCCGAGGCUGCAGAUGUCAAAGGACCAGUCCAAAGAAUAUGAGAUAACAAUUCCUUUCCAUUUGAAUGGAGAACAGUGGAGACCAGUGAAUGGCAUUUAUUCCAAGAACCACCCAGCAGUGCUGCAGUUUGUAAUUCAAGCUGAAAAUAAACAUCUGGUCAUCGAUCUGGAGAGGAAUGAGGGCCUGCUGGCCAGAGGAUUCACAGAGACCCAUUAUCUGCGGGACGGCGCUGACGUGGUUCUCACACGCAAUCACACGGGUCACUGCUAUUACCAUGGCCAGGUCCAGGGGUACCCCGAGUCCUCCGUCAGCCUCAGCACCUGCUCGGGACUCAGGGGAAUUAUUGUGUUUGAAAACAGCAGCUACAUUCUGGAGCCAUUGGAAGGUUCUGCUGGAGGUGAGCACAAGAUCUACCGAGCGGAGAAGCUGAAAAUAGUCCCGGGAUCUUGUGGCCACCAGCUGGACAUCCCUGCCAUGGGGGCUGCUGCCAGUGCCACGUCACAGCGUUCUCCUGCUGCCAGGUACAAGAGGGAGACUCUGAAGACAACGAAGUACGUGGAGCUUGUUAUUGUGGCGGAUAAUCGUGAGUUUCAGAGACAAGGCAAAGAUGUGGAAAAAAUUAAGCAGAGGCUGAUAGAAAUCGCAAACUACGUUGACAAGUUCUACAGGCCACUAAAUAUCCGAGUGGCCCUGGUGGGAGUGGAAGUGUGGAAUGACAUGGAUAAGUGCUCUAUUUCCCAAGACCCUUUCACCAGCCUGCAUGAGUUCCUGGACUGGAGAAAGCUCAAACUCCUACCUCGGAAAGCCCAUGACAAUGCACAGCUGAUCAGCGGGGUGUACUUCCAGGGGACAACCAUUGGCAUGGCUCCCAUCAUGAGCAUGUGCACAGCAGAGCAGUCUGGAGGGGUCGUCAUGGAUCACUCAGAAAACCCUCUGGGUGCAGCAGUGACGCUGGCUCAUGAGCUGGGGCACAAUUUUGGGAUGAAUCACGACACACUGGAGAGAGGCUGCAACUGCAAAGCAUCCACUGAUAAAGGGGGCUGCAUCAUGAACCCCUCCACUGGCUAUCCAUUCCCCAUGGUCUUCAGUAGCUGCAGUAGAAAGGACCUGGAAAACAGCCUGGAGAAAGGAGUGGGAAUGUGCCUUUUUAACCUGCCUGAAGUCAAGGAGUCCUUUGGUGGCCAGAAGUGUGGGAAUGGCUAUGUGGAAGAUGGAGAGGAGUGUGACUGUGGGGAGCCUGAGGAAUGUACAAACCGGUGCUGUAACGCAACCACCUGUGCCUUGAAGCCGGGAGCAGUGUGUGCACAUGGGCUCUGCUGCGAGGACUGCCAGCUCAAAGCAGCGGGGAUUUCUUGCAGAGAAUCCAGCAAUUCCUGCGAUCUGCCCGAGUUCUGCACGGGGGCCAGCCCGCAGUGCCCGGCCAACGUUUACCUGCACGACGGGCACGCGUGCCAUGGUGUGGAUGGCUACUGCUACAACGGCAUCUGCCAGACCCACGAGCAGCAGUGCAUCACCCUCUGGGGCCCAGGUGCAAAACCCGCUCCUGGGAUCUGCUUUGAGAGAGUCAAUUCUGCCGGAGAUCCUUACGGCAACUGCGGGAAAGACUCCAAGAGCUCCUUUGCCAAAUGUGAACCCAGGGAUGCGAAGUGUGGAAAAAUCCAGUGUCAAGGAGGAGCAAACCGACCUAUAAUUGGUACCAAUGCUGUUUCCAUAGAAACCAACAUCCCACUUCAGGAGGGUGGCAAGAUCCUGUGCCGUGGCACCCACGUGUACCUGGGGGAUGAUAUGCCCGACCCUGGGCUCGUGCUGGCAGGAACCAAGUGUGAAGAUGGAAAAAUUUGCCUGAACCGGCGGUGCCAGAACACCAGUGUUUUUGGAGUCCAUAAAUGUGCCACCAAGUGCCAUGGACGUGGGGUCUGCAACAACAAAAAGAACUGUCACUGUGAGGCUGACUGGGCCCCCCCAUUCUGUGACAAGCCAGGCUUCGGUGGCAGCGUGGACAGUGGGCCCAUCAGGCAGGCAGACAAUAAGAGUUUGACCAUAGGAGUGCUGAUAACCACCCUGUGCCUUAUCUUUGCUGGAUCAAUCAUGUACCUCAAAAGGAAGACUUUCAUGAGGUGGUUGUUUACAAGCAAGAAGACAACAAUAGAGAAAUUAAGGUCUGUGAGUCCAGCAAGACCUUCCAGUUCAUCUGAGCCAAAUCGUGUUCAUACCACAUGUGGUAGUAAAAACCUCAUCAUGAAGCCACAAAAUACAACCAUACAAAAAAGAGAUGGCCCGAGGCGGCCGCUGCCAUAUCAGAUCAUCGACAUCAGCAGCCCUGUGAAGACACACGAGGUGCCACCAUUAAAAACACCCCAGCGAGUCCUGCCACCCCUUCCCCAGCUGCCAGGCCACCAAGCUGGGCCUGAGAGACCCCUGCCAGCUAAUCCUUCACUGAGGUUCUGCCAGGAGCCCCCCAAGCCCAGCCCUCCUCGGAAGCCUCUCCCCGCUGACCCCCUGGGUCGAGCGCGCCAGGGCCCCGCUGGACACCCCAAGGCUCUCCCCCACGUCAGCCCUGCCAGACCUGCUCCCAGACAUCCACCGCAGGUAUCCAGGUCCAGCAACACGACGGACCUGAAAUGAGUAAAAAAACCUGACACCUUUAUU